AUGAUUGGCCACAACAAGCUGCUGAAAGCAGCUGCCGAUAAUUAUGCCACCGGCUUUGCGAGCCCCUCCGCAAACGAUCCCAUCAUCCGUUCAGCGGAUGACAGUCGGAACCUUGAAUACAACUGGAUCCUGGGAUCCCUGUGGGUCAACCUCAUCUAUCUCCAAGCUCGCCGCCGCCGUGAGCAAGCCAAAUAUGAAAUGAGAGGAUAA